AGCCAAUGCUUAAACUGACAUGUCAUCCUCUUCGCUGCUCCUUGACUUUGCAAGAUGGCAGCCACGGCGAAGAAGGCAGCUCUACGAGUAGACAUCAUACCUGUGCAAGAGUCUGAUCUCCACGCCAUCGCUCUCGCCGCACUAGAUGGCUUCUCGUCAGUUCUCACGCGAUCUUGUACCUGCUCUUUUGAGGAACACGUUCGACAGAGCCGAUCCCAUGUCUGCUGCUCAGAUCACGCCCAUGGGCAUCACGCCAAAGAGCACAAAAGCCUAUCUAGACUGGUACAAGGCCCAACUAGCAAGUGGGAGCGCCAUGUGGAAGGCAGUGAGGCCAGGCACGAAUGACAUUGUGGGCAUGCUUUCGCUCUGUAAAGUUCAAAGAGACGAGAAUGGGAAGUACAUCGGAGGGCCACCGCGAUGGGCCGAUCCGAAUGAGCCGGUCUACAAUGAUCCGUGGUAUCUGCCUGAUUUCAACAAUACGUUUAUUCGAGAAAUGAUGAAGUUCACCAUACCGGCGGAAGAGGCCUUGAUGAAAGGCCGGCGGUACAUCGUCGGAAUCAAUCUGUUCGUCAUCAAGGAUCUACAAAACGCAGGCGUGGGACGGCAGCUCUGCGACAAAGCGCUCGACUUUUCGAAGAAAGAGGGUUUGCCCAUCUUUUGCAUCGCCUCGACGGGCGGCAAGAAGCUCUACCUCAAGCUUGGUUUCACCGAGUCCGAAUCAUUCGUACUCGAUCCGAGCAAACCAGACCAAUCUUUCUCAGCCAUGAUUCUCCAAGCGGACUAGCAAUCAUUGCAUACUAGACAUCACUCGGUCGCAGUCGGAGGAGGAGGAUAGUGCAACUCGCCUCCUUCGGCAAGACACCACA